UGUCAUUUAGUUCGGUUCCCAAACUAAGUAAUGGACUCAACUGAAUAAAUACCCAUGUGAAAUUCGGUCUCUAAAUUGUUCUUCCGUUCUCCCUUUUUUUUCUUUGUGCAUUUCAAUUGAAGUCGUGACGACUUCAGUCAGCAAUGGCACACACCAUCAGAUUGGAUUGGAUAAGGAGGAUUCUGAGCUCAACCGGUUCCGGACAAUGCCGCCUAAUGCAUGAUGUGGGAAGGCCGCGUAUCUGCAACCAGGGACCCUUGAGACGUUUGAUGCGUCUGAUCAGAAACAACUCGGGCACGGCCUCAGGGGGUAAUGAACCUCGCAAAAUGGGAAGAAAGCCCCAGAACCCGGGGGAACCACACUCGAGUACCGAACGAACAUCACCUUUCAGGGUCAACACAUCCCCAAAUGCUAAUAUGGUAAGUAUGCACCCUUUGGUCAAAGGUCAGGACAAGAAGCGCCUGCCCUUCGAGAAGUCGGCCACCAUGAGGACCCACAAUGCGCAGAGGAGGGGGGAGCAGCUGGCAAGGACCCUGCGAUCGCAUGAUCCCAGCGAUAGACCCAGGUCGAGCUCCACCAUUCCGCUCAAGAUCCUCGAGAUGGUGCAAAGGGAGCGCAGGCUGACGGGUCAUCCGCCCAGGGAUCGCAGAAUCUCGGCGCAGAUGGAUUCCAUGAGGAGCCGGAAUAUGGAGAGGAUGGUGCGUGAAUCGCAGGCCAGGCUCUUGAAAGGCCGGGUCAAGGAGCUCUUUGAGAGGCAGGAAGAAAAGAAGGUGGAGAGGAAGAAGUUGGACGUUGAUUCCUUUGUCCCCGAACCGAAGAUCACCAAAGAGAAUCGGAGCAAGCUGGAGGUGAGGGAAGUGGUGGAUUUGCUGAAAAGGGCCAUUUCCCUGGCGCUCUUCAAUCACAAGAGGCGCGUCGAGGUUAUGGACUUGAAGGUCUCCAGGAUGCAGACCAAGCUGGAGUGGAACGCCAGCUCCAUGGAGACCCUGGCCAAGAAUAUGGAUCGCUCCCUGCAGACCACCCAUGCCUACCACAUGCGAGUUCGCUGUGCCAUGGUCCUGAGCCCCAGGAAAUCACAGGAAACCGAAUCCACAAAGGCAAACUGCCACGAAAUGGCCACCAAUCUCAUCAAGGAGGAGCAGAGACGUCUGGACAAAUUGAGGGCGGAGAAGGUUCCGUUAAAGUUGCCGCAGGAUGACCUAAAACUGGAGAAUAUCACUAAGAAGUUUACUUACCCAGUGACCGCGGACAAAACAACGAACUUGGAUAUUAACUCGUUAAAUAAUUUUCCAAUAGACUUCGUCGAAAAUCCAGAUGUCUUCUCCCACCUAUCCAAACCGCUGACAAAAAAAUAAUAGUGGAAUAAAUCCAAUAAAGCAACUUCGGAACUGUUGCCACACUGAAUUCGAAUUUUAGGAAAUGAUAACUCUACAAAAAUUUUCGAUAUUGGACUUUUUAUGGCUUAAUCACAUUUUAUAAUUAUUUU